GCUCAGACCUAUUCCAGGAGUCCCAAAUCUCCCAUAAAAAAUAGGUGUUUCGGACUAGUGAGCAUCCUCCACCAGGAAGGGAGUUCAUGGCGCCUCGUUCUGUCUGGAUCGUUGCAGCUGGAGACGUGAUUCAAUGGGGCGGAGUCAAAUCGCUUCUGGCCGGAGCCCUAGUAGGCAGCCCGGCGCCCGUCGGUGUCGGCUCUUCUUGCGCGCAAAGCGCCCAGCCCGGCUGUCCCCGUAACGCGAC